CGUCCAACAUGGCGGCCAAAGUGGAUGAACAUGCAGUGAACGAGUUGCUGCCAUUUUUAGACAAAAAUGCUCGCGAAGAUGUAAAAUAUUUUGCCCUGGACUAUAUUACAGGCCUAACUGGAUCAGAUGAGGGUAAGAUGUUCUUGCGAAGCCACCCGGAAUUUAUUUUAAAGAUAACCAAGUUAACACGUGAUCCUAGCAAGACGAUCUGUGGCAAAGCAUUGACGGCUGUUGUAAAUCUCUCUGCAGAAAUUCCCACCGCGGAUAUUAUCCUAAAAUGUGAGAAUUUAGAUGAGUUGAUUGAAAUGACUUUGGAUCCAAAGUUUGAGGAGGCAGAUAAAAUUGCUUUCAUUCUUUCAAACUUGACGAGAACUGAACAGGGUUCUCAAAAACUUGCUUCUUCUCCGAGCUUCGACAUGUUCAAAAUCGUGGAUACUUCCUCUAAACUAGAUCACAAUCCAAAUGCAAAGCUACAUUAUUUGGCACCUAUGUUGUCGAACUUGACUCAAUUGAAGGAGGUGCGUGAGAUGGUCUUAGACAAGAGUCGAUGUGUUAUACAACGGCUUCUUCCCUUCACGGUGUAUGAAGAGUCUCUUGUCAGAAGGGGAGGUAUGGCGGCUGUAUUAAAGAACUGCUGUUUUGAUACUGAGUACCAUGAAUGGCUAUUGAGUGAUGAGGUAGACAUACUGCYGCACCUUCUUUUGCCGCUGGCUGGUGGAGAGGAGUUAGAUGAAGCUGAUAUGGACAAGCUGCCUCCAGAUUUACAAUACCUUGAUGAGAAUAAACAGCGUGAAGCAGACCCUAGCAUUAGAAGAAUUUUGAUUGAAGCACUUACACAGCUUUGUGCAACUUCACAUGGCCGCAAAGUAAUGAGAGAGAAACAUAUAUAUGCAAUCCUGAGAGAACUCCACAAAUGGGAAAAAGAUGAAGAAGCAAAGAAAACGUGUUUGAAUUUGAUUGAGAUACUAAUCGCUGAUGAACCAGAAAAAGGAAUGGAAAACUUGAAGGAGGUCGUCAUACCUGAGGAUUUUAAUAUCCCUGAGGAGGAUAAUUAAUAUGAUAAAAUAGAUAGAGUAGCUGAGGACAGACAGAGGGAGAGAUAGAAAGACAGACAGACGGGUAAAGAUCGCGGCAAGUGUACAUUUUAUAUUUUUCCUACCACAUUAUACCGCUAGUAAAUGAGUGUGUAUAUCUUUGAAAUAUUGACCAAAGGUCGUUGAACAGAGGGUGGUCGCCUUAAUUGGUCUGGUCGUCUAGGAUUUCUGUAUUUAACCUCGAUUUACCUCUAAUAAAAAGAAGUGACAAUCGUCA